AUGUCGACGGCAGUCGCCUCUUCGUUAGGCUUUAAUUAUGAUGCUCCAUUAUCUAAGAGUGAGCCUUUAGUCAUGGCUGACUAUAUAUCAGAAAUAGCGUAUCCGAUGUUGGAUGUAGAACUGAUGCUUCUUGAACAGAGAGGUGCAAGGGAGGUGCCUUUUCCUGGCAUGGACAAAAGUGGUCGGGGUGUAUGUAUUCGAAACGAGCAGGGAAAGUGUUUGAUGGGCGCUGUCUGUCCUUUACGGCACAUUGUCGGUGACAAAGCAGUCGUGUGCAAACAUUGGCUUCGUGGCCUUUGUAAGAAAGGCGAUCAGUGUGAAUUUCUUCAUGAAUAUGAUCUUAGCAAGAUGCCAGAAUGUUUCUUCUUCUCAAAAUACAUGGCAUGCAGCAACCGUGAAUGUCCAUUUCGCCAUAUUGACCCUGAAAGUAAGAUUAAAGAUUGUCCUUGGUUUGAUCGUGGUUUCUGCAGACAUGGUCCUAUGUGCAAACAUCGGCAUCGCAGGCGCGUAUUGUGUCCUAAUUACCUUGCUGGCUUUUGCCCAGAGGGCAAAAAUUGUAAGUAUGCACAUCCUUCUUUUAACCUUCCCCCUGCAGAAGUUUCUCAGGGACAGCGAAUUAAAGGAAACCUUGGCAUCGCGACCUACUGUCCUCACCUUCCUACACAGUCUCAGUUACCUGUUAUGGAUGCAUCGCAACCCACUCCUCAUGAACCAGCCGUACAAAUACCUGUCCCUGAUAAAAAAGCUCUUUCUGAAGUGACUUGUUACAAGUGCGGUGAAAAAGGUCAUUAUGCAAAUCGUUGUCACAAAGGUGUUCUUGCGUUUCUAUCAAAUACAGCACAUUUGGCUCAUGAACAGCGAGAGCGUGAUGAAAAAGAAGGACGGUUUGCUAAUCAAGCUUAUUUUGGCGGAGCGGCUAAUCGGGCACAACCUCAAACGCAGUUGCAAAAUUUCUCUUUGAACAACAAAUCUGGCGAAAUGCUUCGUUAA